AUGGAUGUCAAAAAUGCAUUCCUUAAUGGCAAUCUUCAAGAGGAAGUUUACAUGCAUCAUCCAUCUAGGUUUGUUUCUCAAGAUAAGUCAUUGGUUUGUCGACUCCGUAAAGAAAUUUACGGUCUCAAACAAGCUCCUCGUACAUGGUUUAAGCAUUUUCGGGAUGUCAUUCUUGCAACUGGCUUCACUCAAAGUAAACAUAAUCACUCUAUGUUUAUUCGUACCACAAAGCAUGAAAUUUACAUUAUUUUAUUAUACGUUGAUGAUAUUCUUAUCUCUGGUAAUGAUUUCAGUUCCAUCAAGAAUAAGUAUGCACUUGACCUUGUUUCCAGUGCCCGAUUGAAUGAUGCGAAGGUUGUUGAUAUACCCAUGGAACUCAAUGUUAAACUUUUUACACAUGUUGGAGAUCCUCUUCUUGAGCCUACGAUGUAUCGCAAACUCGUCAGCUCCCUCAUCUAUCUCACUAUGACUCGCCCAGAUAUUGCAUAUGUUGUCCAUGUUGUGAACCAAUUUAUUUCAGAUCCUCGACGACUACAUCUAUCAACACUUCAUCCAAUUUUAUACUAUGUUCGAGGUACUUCCAUUCGUGGAUUAUUCUUUGACUCCACAUCAUCUUUAGAUCUCAGUGCAUAUGCAGAUGCAGAUUGGGCAGGUGAUCUUGACACUUGCCGUUCUACUACAGGAUAUUGUGUAUUUCUUGGGUCAUCAUUAAUAUCAUGGAAGAGCAAAAAACAUGAUACUAUUUCAAAGUUAAGCAUUGAAGUUGAGUAUCGUGCCAUGUCCUCUGUUGCUAAUGAGAUUGUUUGGGUUCGUGCCCUUCUCAAUGAGUUUGGUAUCUCUAUUUCAAAUCCCACACCUUUAUAUGCAGAUAACCAAAGUGUGAUUAAGAUUGUAUCUAAUCCAGUUUUUCAUGAGCGGACCAAGCAUAUUAACAUAGAUUGUCAUUAUAUUUGUGAUCGCUAUCUUGAUGAUACAUUAUCUCUCCUUUAUGUUUCUUCUACUGCUCAAACGACUGAUAUUUUCACCAAAUUUGUUACUCGAAGCCGCCAUAAUUUUCUAGUGGACAAGCUAAUGCUUUACUCAUGUCCACAUUAG